GAAGAAAGAAAGUAAAGAAAACAAAUUCAAUUUUUGAGUGCGCAUCAGACGUCGUCGUCGUCCAUCUUGUUGUCUGCUGUCUGUGUGUAAGCGCGCGCGUGUGUGAGUGUGUGUGUGUGUGUGUGUUAGGGCAUCCGCUUCCGGUUGAGCUGCAACGCAUUUUCGGGCAGAGGCAGGCAACAAAAACAAACCAACAAACGAAAGGACACAAAAAGGACACGCAAUAACAAAGCGAAACAAAGCGCAACAGACGCGAAGCACACACACAGCCACUCAUUGGGGCACCAUCCCCGCCCACCCCGCCCCAACUGUACCCCCGGCUUCCACGAAGUAUUCAGAGAAACCAGGACAUACGUAAUUCCUAACAAAACAAAGGAGAGACAGUGGAGAGGGAAGAGUACCACCCCACUCCUCAUGUAAGGAACCCGAAGCCUGGAAGAGCCCCCCCAAAUCGACCAAUUAGCCUAACCGAAAAGUCUUGAAAAUAUCAACUGCUGCUGCAAACUGUAUGACUGAUUUAUCCACGUUGAUCAACCAACAGAAUUGGGGAACAGAAACCCCCCAGAAAACUAACUCCCUAAGAACUCUUUAUAUAGCCUUUACACCCAAGACAACCUUAGCCACCUUUUGGAAGAAUGAAUGGCUUGCUAUCGCUAGAAGCUUUAACUAUUUAUUGAGCCGAGUAGCCAAGUAGUCAGCUAACACUUGCAAGCAAUCAAUCAAUCUAUCAAUCAAUCGAUAAAUCAAUCAGCAGAUAUACAAAAAAUACACAUAGAAGAGGAGCAGAUACCUCACAGAUAUACAUACAUACGUAGAUACACAAACGAGAGUCAUCGUCAGGACCCUGGGGAGAGGAGGAAUGCAGCGGUGUCCCUACAUACAUGAGAUGCGAGAACGUUUGCUGGACCAGCCACGGGAGACACUGCAAUUGGAGAACAUGGAGCGGGCCAAUCUGCUCGACAAUCGACAGUCGGCCUCCGAAUCGAAUCAGGUCGGCACUGUGGUCAAGCUACAGGGAGAUGGUUAUCACACGAGUCCUGCACAUCAGCGCACACCGCUAGUGCCACAUGAUCUGGGCGAGGACUUCAAUUUGGAUUUCGACGAUGACUUCCCGAUCGAUGCCCGAAGACCGAAAAAUGCAAACGGCAUACAUCAACCGGUUCUGACGCGCCCACAGCCAAGGGUUUGCUACACGUUCAAGCCAAAUCCAAAUAAACACAGUUUUAUGCCAGCGAAAAUAACGGUACAGGGCACAUAUCAAACAAAUCCAAUAACGGGACCAAUCGAACUAUGGACAUCGCUAUUCAUCGUGACCAGCCUGGUGUACGCAAUCCUCCUGAUCGUCGUAUGCAUUGCAUACGUGAUCAGCGAUGUGACCACACACCGCCUGCCAGUGCUCUACUACGAGACAUUCUUCACGUAUCUGUACGGCGUCAGCAUACUCUUCCUCCUCUACGUAUUCUGUUUCCUGCUGCAGGAGAGCUCUUGCUGCAAUGGCGGCAAUGGCAAUGGCAAUGGCAGCAAGCCGAAACCCCAACCCAAGGAGAAGAAAUCGAAGAAAGCCAAGAAUGCCGAUCCAGCCGAUUCGAAGGAAGCGAAGGGCUCCAAGGACUCUGGCAAAGCAGCUGUCAAAGGCGCUGCAUAUCAGGAAGCACCCGUGGAUGCCGAGGUGGCCGUUACCCCGAAGAAUGUACGCAAGAGGAAGACCACUCAUAGCGAUCCGACGCACGGCAGCUUCUUCCUGCGAGUGGGAGCCAUUGCAUUCGGUCUGGGCGCCAUGAUCUACAUUGGACUGGAGUUCGGAUCGUUCUUUGAGAUACCCUUCGAUUCGCCCUGCCACCACAUACUGAUCGGAGUGAACCCGCUGCUGCAGAUGAUCUUCACCUUCAUGCAAAUGUACUUUAUAUUCAUGAAUGCACGGCUGAACAUCCACCGAUUCAAGGUGAUUGCCCGCUUCGGGCUGAUGCAUGUGGUGGCCACCAACAUUUGCGUGUGGAUCCGGACGCUGGUGAAGGAGUCGCUUCUGGAGAUCACCAUCUGGCACCAGAAGAACGAGGCCGAUCCGGAGGCCUCGUCGAUAGCCCACUCGGUGCGGCAGCAUGCGCUGCGGCAUGCCGGGACCGUUCUACGCACCCAUGCCGGCCCGAACAGCGAGUUCGAGGUGCUGGACGGGGAGGAUCUGCUGCCGAAGGAUGUCUACAAGAGCGACAAUGUGCUGUCCAAGCUGGUGCGCAACACCGUAGACGGCAUCUCGAAGAGCCUGGGCAUGGGCGGGGAUGUGGCCAGCUCCACUGCGAGCAGCAUCAUCAGCAGCACCACCACUCGGGCACCGUACACGACGGCCGGCUAUCAAUGGCACAGCACUACUAUGGCCCGCAAGCUGAAGAAGUUUAUCACAAGUGCCACCACAGCAGCCACCACAACGGGCGGCAGCCCCAGCACCAUUGCCAGCACCACCACCACCUUCGGCACCACCACUACCACCACCACCAGCCCAUUGACCACCACCACCGCCAUACCCAUUUCCGCCGGCAGCACUGCAACGGACGCCAUCAGCAGCACGACCAGCGAAUCGCCCUUCAGCGGCCUCCAGCGACUCCUAUCCAGCGCUGCCCCGAGUCUGACGCCAGUCGAUGGGUCCGCCUCCUCGGCGUUGCCCGCUGCUGCCACUGGCAGCGUCUCCUCGUUCUUCAACAGCUUUGCCGCAUCCACACCCAGCACCAGCAUCGGAGCCGCCAGCACGGAGGGCCCAGUCAACAUCAUGAACAACCUUUUCGGACCCGGAAUGGAGAACAGCUUCCAGACCUACUCGGACAUAUCGCACGAGGAGUCCAGCGGUGGCCUGGUGGCCUUCGAGAAUCUGGAGAGCCUGGACAGUAUCUACCCGGCGGCGCUGUCUUCCAACAUUGGCACACUCAACUCCACCGCCUGCGGGCGCAUCGAUAUUAUGGGGACCAUUGUGUACGACUCGGCGCCGUAUCUGUAUCCGUUCAUCAUUGAGUAUUCGCUGAUCGGUGCGGUGGUUUUGUAUGUCAUGUGGAAGCACAUCGGCCGCUAUCCGGGACGGAUGAACGACGAGGAUCUGGAGCACCGUCUGGAGGUGAUGCUCUCACGUCGUGCCGUCGCCAUGGCGCAGCAGGCACGCUCCGGUCGCGUCGACUGCGUUGGCUCGUCGAAGGGACUGUUCUUUGGUCUGCUGCUGUUGGUCGGCGCCCUCAUUUGCCUGAUACUCUUCUUCGUCUUGGUGCGUCAUCAGCAGUUCUCGCUGUUGGCCAUUUACCUGGCCGAUGCCAGCCACUGCAUCCUCAUGGCCUUCGCCAUACUGGCCAUCAUAGUGGGCUUCAUCAGAGUAAAGAACCUUAAGUUCCGCUGCGAAGAGCAAUCCAAUCUGAACGACAUCUUGUUGCGCAUCUCGGCCUUCGGCCUCUUCACCUACUCCGUGUUCAGCAUCAUUGCCGGCAGCCUCAAGGUGCUGGAGAGCGAGCCCAGCCUCCUGGUGACGACCACCGGCGGUGUGGCCGUCUUCCAGGUGAUCUUGCAGCUGCUCUUCAUCGCUGACGUAUCGCGGCGUCGCGUCCACUUGCCGGAGCACGAUCGCAGCAAGCCCGGCCGCCAGAUCGUCACCUUCCUACUCAUCUGCAAUGUGGCCAUGUUCGCCAUCUACACAUUCGAAGCUCAAAAAGUAUUCGCCAAUCCUGUAAGUAGAUAUGUUCAGCUUGACUUCUAUGGCUUUGUGCCCUGGUCCAUCAUCCAGCGCAUUACACUGCCGCUGUGCAUCUUCCAUCGGUUCCACAGUGCCGUGACACUCGCCGAGAUCUGGAAGACCACCUACAAGGCACGCCUGGAGUAAGCAACGAGGCGGUACCGCUGGAUGUCGAGGGAGUUAUGAAAAUGCACCAAAAAAAAACCAAAAUGUAGCGAACCCAAAAACCAAAACGCAAACAGAAAUCAAGUGAAAAAAGUUAAACCUAAAGCAAACGCGAAACCAAUGCGAAAAUUCAAACGAAUCGAACGAACGAUAUCGAAACGAUCGAUAAACGAUAAGAGAGAGGGCAUAUGCAACCCUGCUGCCGGAAUCGCCGGAUGAUCGCCUAAUGCUUUCUCCAUUUACUUUUCUUAUUUUUUAGUUUGUUAAUCAUGGGAAAAACUUACGGAAUCUAAGAACUAAGUCAUAGUGUUUACAGAACCUGCAACCCGAACCC